ACCAUCGAUUGGCGGGUAUCCCGGAUUUCUGGCAACAUUGAUUUUCGUCCCAGCUCUAGCGUACAACAACAAAACAAAAUGGAGGUCUUUGAUGUGUGUGUCGCGUUGUCUUGAAAUUUGCUGCUAGAAUUUUGCGUUAAACGCUGUGAGCGAAUGUGUUUCACUGCGAAUAUGUCAAAGGUCGGCCAUGAAGUGCGCGAAACACGAAACACAAAUGACUUUUACCCAAUAAAAGCAACAACAAGAAGUUAAAUUGCACACCAGUUGUAAUUAAGUUUAGUAGUUAGAACCCACAACCAACUAAUAUAUAAUCAUAAUCGAUAAGGCGAAGGUGGAUUGAGACACCAGAGACCGACCAGAUCCGCGGGGUAAAGUGAGAAGUGAGGAACGAACCUCUGAACCCCUGAGAAGUGAAACUUCUCCGCAAUUGUCUGGCUCUCAGUCAUCGACUACCUUUAGGCUUCCGACAUUUUGACAACGGCCACGCGCAGAAAGCAGCAUCAAAAUUAAGCCAAUUGACGACCAAAUCUGAAACGCAGCGGCGUCGCGUCUUUCGACGCGUAACGGACAUUUCUGUGUGCGCUGCGUUUAAAAAAUCUGAUGGAUGGAAAUGCACAAAAUAUGUUUCACGGAAAUCAUCAAGGAGAUCCCUAUUACCGUUAUGAUGCGGCAGCCGCCGCAGCAGCCGCAGCCGCGGCGAACCCGCGUGCGAUGGGACCGCCUGGCGGGUAUCCUCCGCGCCACCGCCCCCCACAUCCGCUACAGCAACAGCCCCAAUACCCAUCGUACCAGCCAACGGCGGAGAAUCUCUACGGGCUGGGGGCCGCCGAUCACCAGGCGGCUAUGGGCCUCGGCGUUGGAGUAGGAGUUGGGGCCGGGAUGGGCGAUUUAAGCGGUUGGGGAGCGGCGCCCUCGGUUCCGGGUCAGGCAGCGGCUUAUCCCGGAGCCGGACUGGGGGCCUAUGGGCAUCCGCAAGCGGCUCCACCAGCGCAGCAACAGCGUCAGAGCAACGCCAGCGCAUACCGUCAACACAUGCCCGCCUAUGGACAACAGGACCAGCAGAAACUUGCUUCAUACGGCGCGCAGCAGAGCAUGAUGGCGGGGUACGGAUCACUGGCGCCCCAGCAGCAACAGCAGCAGCAACCGCCCACGCCCCAGCAGCAACAGCAAGCACAGCAGGUGCAACAGCAGGCGCAGCAACAACAACAACAGCAGCAGCAGCAGAGUCAGCAGCAGGCUCGACUGCCGCAGCAUUAUCCGCAAGCUCCUGGUCAGCAUCCAUUGUAUCCUGGAGUGGGAGCACCCACCGUCCAGGCGGGACAACCUCCCACGCCUCAAGCAUAUGCUCACAGUCCGUACGGAAGUCCCAUGCAACACCAACCGAGUAGAGGAGCUCCCCAGCAUGUGGGCUACGGUCAUACAGGACUAGAUCAGGCUUCUGCUUACGGGCAGCAUGUGCCGGGAGGAGCGCCACCGGGACACCACUUGACGGCGCAGCAGCAGCAGGCUGCGCAGCAAUUGGGUGCCCACCAGCAGCAGCAGCUCCAAUCGCAGCAGCAACAGCAGGCCCAGCAGCAGCAACCUCACGUCUCGCUAAUGCAGCAGCAACAGUUGCCGGGUGCCGGAUUGCCGCCACCGCAUAUGGGUAUGCCUCCUAGUUACGGAAGCCACCAUCAACAGCAACAGCAGCAACAACAGACCCAGCAGCAACAGCAGCAGGCAGCGCCGCCUUACAUGUCCAGCAGCAAGCAUCAACAGGCGGCUGCCCAGCUAAAUUCCUCGCCCCAGUAUCGUGCACCUUUCCCUCAGCUUUCCCCACAAAUGUCGCCACGUCCUCCGACGAUGUCGCCGCACCCACAAAUGUCUCCGCGACCAGUUGGCGUGUCGCCGGCGAAACCACCACCCCCUCAACAGCAGCAACAACAAACGCAAGCGCAGCAGCCGCAACAGGUUGUAAGCAAUCAGCCCAGCCAGCACAGCAUUCAAGGCAUGGUAGGCCUGCCAUCGCCGCGCCCACAGCCGCCCACAAGUGGAGCAGGCGGAGCGGGAGCGAAGGGUCCUGCGCCAGUUGCUGCUCCCGUAAACACAUUACAGGCCCUCGAACAAAUGGUGAUGCCAUCACAGGCUCUCGGACUACCACCCAUGGACUACCCAUCAGCCUACAGAAGUGCCGUGGGUCCUAGGAUGCCAGCUUCCCCCCAACAACAGCAGCAACAACAUCAACAAUGGGGGGCGGCUCAUGGGGCACAGCACUUGGCGGCCCUGCAGCAGCAGCAGGCCCAACAACAACAACAGCAGGUACAACAGCAGCAACAAGCACCUCCGCAGCAGCAGCAACAGGCGGCGAUGUUGCAGGCUCAGCAGCAACAUCACCAGCAGCAGUUAAGCAUGUAUGGUCAGCCGAUGGGACAGCAACAGCAACCACAAACCGCGCAGCAACAAGUUGUCCCACCGGUGACUUCACAACCGCCAGUGGUGGCCGCCUCUCAGCAGCAGCAACAACAACAACACCAGCAGCAAUCACUCAACGAUCAAUUGCAGCACUCGAUCAACGAUAUUGUUGGGGGUGGUAACAGUAGUGGAGCAACAGGAGGUGCUCAGAAUCAGCACCAGCAGCAACCCCAACUGGCGGCCAUGUCUUCGCCGUUGCAUCAGCAAAAUCUGCCUAACAUGCACCAUUUAAUUCAACCUACCAUGGAGACAACACAGCCGACGCAGCAGCAACAGCAAACGUCACAACAACAGCAGCAACCGCAGGCGACUUUAACAUCGCCGCACCACCAGCAAAUGCAGCAUCAGUCUCCAAUACACCAGCAGCAACAGUCGCCGCACCACCAGCAACAUCUACCCAGCUAUAAUCAGUCGCAGCAGCAAUUCGAUCCAUUUGCUAACAUACUAGGAGACAAUCAACCAGCUGCAUCCCAACAGACAAUGUCGCCCGCUCAUGUAAGUUCGCCGGUACCCGCGCAAAUGCAACAGCAGCAGCAGCAACAUCAAACCCAACAGCAACCAUCCCAACAAGUACCACAAAGCCAGCAACAACAGGUGUCGCAGCCGCAACAGCAAACGCAGCAGCAGCAACCCUCGACCCCAUCACAUCACCUAAGCAGCAUUCUCAAUGAAACAGCCAACUCGAAUGAUUCCUCCACCUUGGCGGUGGCUGCUAAUGACAGCAACAACAGCAGUAGCAAUAGUAGCACCAAUAGCAUUGUCAACAACCAGCCCACGUCGGUGCACGACAGUAAUUCGCAAAGCAGCGUUAACAGCAGCAGCAACAACCAGCAACAGUUGCUCAUGGACAACACGAAUUCGCACGGAGGAAAUUCGGAAUCGGCCCAAAAUGUUGGAGUAGAUGUUGGUCUUUUUGAUAACAACUCGAUGUCCUCAAAUUCAGCAGCAGUUGCUGCCGUGGCCUCCAAUGCAGCUUCUGCAGCAGCAGCACUUUUAGAUAGCAAUUCUCAGUCCUCGAAUGCGGAGUUUGAGAAGAAUCAAAGCGAAGGUGAGGGACUCGGUGUUGUGGAAGGAGUUAUUGCCAAUGAAACUGAUUUGCCACAGGAUGAGAACAGUGUUUCUAAAACUCAAGACAUAACUCUAAGCACGGAAUUGCCAACAAUACAAGACGAUCUGCAAGAUAAGCCCACCGCUGAGAUGGAACAAACUCAACUGGGACAAUCUUUAGGGGAUUUAUCUAAAUCUUUGUUGGAGGAACCCAAAAUAGUUGAGGAAUCAGGAGAGGAUAAAGCUCAAUCGGCACCUGGUGUUGCACCGUCUGCAGAUCCUAUUAUCCCUGUUACACAACCGCCUCAACAACAGAUGCCUCCCAUAGGGAUGCCCAUGCAUCCUAUUGCCCCCGGAUAUGAUGCCCAGGCUCAGGGACAAGGGCACAUGACUCCCAUGAUGCCUCCGUAUGGAGGAGCGCCAGGAAUGUAUCCACCUUAUCCCAUGCUGCAUCAACAAGAAAUUGCUGCACUGCAGCAGCAGAUACAGGAACUGUAUUGCAUGCCUCCAGGACAUGAGCUUCAACACCAAGAUAAGUUAAUGCGAAUGCAGGAGCGAUUAAAUCUUCUGACGCAGCACGAGGUAAACGAUCAGUGUGCUGGCGGUCCACAGUGCUUAUUGUUCCAAAACGUUCCGCCAAUGUAUGGACCACCAGGAAACCCUCUACUCAACCAGCAAAUGGUAGAGAGCCCUCAAGUAUCUAGCACCACGGGAAGAGGUCGAGGAAAGAGUGCCAAUAAGCCACGCAAGCCUCGCGCCAAGAAGGGUGAAAAAGCCCAGGUGGGUCAGCAGCAAGAUUUGAUGGACAUCAGCGGCAAUGUAGCAAUGGGAGCAGCCAACGCCGUUUCAAGUAUCCCAACAACACAACUACCCGUCUCUGAGGAUUGCGUGACUCAAGGAGCGGGAGAUACCAGUGUGGUCGGUAUGCUGGAGUAUAGUGAAGGGAUGGGUGAUCUUUCUCAAGAUGUGCACUCAGCCAACGAACUGGAUACCUCGACUGAUGGUAGUGGCAAAAAGAAGAAGCCCCGCAAGCCGAGAACACCUAAGGAUCCAAAUAAACCCCCACGAGAUAGAACGCCGAAGGCGAAGAAGCCCAAAGAUCCUAACGAUCCCAACUCUACCGAGACACCAGCAGCAGGAAAAAAGCGAGCUGGUGUUAGUAAACGCAGGAAACAGUACGGAGAAGAUGGGGCUGAGCAAACGGGAGAAGGUAGCGAAGUGGAAGACAACAAGCCACUGGUACCAAAAGCAGGAUCUGCUGAUGGUGAAGCUGAAACCACUUCGGCAGGAACUGGAGUGGAUGGAGAAUCUCCAGACUACGAUGACAUUCCCGUUUCAAAAAUUCCGCGUGGCGCCAAUGAAGAUGAAAAGGAAGCGGAGGCCGGCGAUGAAACAGUAGACUCUGUUCCAGAUUCGGCAGGAGAUCCUGCUUCUACACCGAGCAGAAGAGAUCGUAAAAGAUCCACUGCAAGGAGUCGCCGCAAUGCAAAUUCUGAGGAGGGAGGCAGUGCUCGCAAGAACCGUGGAUCUCUUUCCGCCAAGGCACUAAAGAAGCGAAGGAAUAGGGGUCGCAUUGUACCUGAAUCCGAUGGCGAAGAUGACACACUGGACAGAACUCCGCCUCCAUCACCGCCACCAGACUCUGAAAUGGAUUCCAACAAGCGAAGAUCGUCAAGGAAUACUCAAAGAAAGAAAUACAUCGAUGAUGUUAUGCUAAGGUUCUCCGAUGAUGAGAACUCUCUCUUAGUGGCUUCUCCCAUAAAGAAGGAUAAGAAACCAUCUGCGAAUGCGAGUAAUUCCAAUGCAGGAAGUGAUGUGGAAAAAACGGAACCUCAAUCUGGUGCCGAGGGAGACGCUGCCCAGGAGGUGGGUGAAGAAAAGUCUAAUCUACCACUGGAUGAAAGCAGUCAACUGGAAGCCAGUUCGAGUACUUCUGCAGCAGCGGAGAAGGAGCGACAAAUCUCUACUGAUGCUGCAAAUGCAGCCAUGUCUUCCAAACCCAAUUACGUGUACAUAAACACUGGCGAUGAGGACAGCAUGGUGGUUCAAUUAGUUUUAGCCAUGCGAAUGGGAAAGCGGGAACUUAUUCCGGACAAACCCAAAGAAAAAACACCCGAACCUAAACAAGAUGAAGAGAAAUCUGAAUUAGAUGAAGCCACAACUGAUAAUCCUGAGGGAGAUGAAAAAUCCAAAACUGAGGGUGAACCCAAGAAAGAUUUAACCGAUACCGAGGAAACGAAACUAGAAUCCUCCGCAAUGGAAGUAGACAGUAAGGAAGAAUCCGAGCCUGAUGAUUCUAAGAAAUCUGAUGAAGACAAUAAGGACAAGGAUAAAAUGGAAGUAGAUGAUGAAGCUGGAAAAUCAGAUAAAGAAAGUAAACCAGAAGAACAAUCAGAAACAGUGAAAACUGAAGAAAAUUCUGAAGCCACCGAUGAAGGCAAAUCCUCCAACGUUUCAACAGCAGAGCACGCCAAGGAACCUAAGACUGUCUUGGAAAAAAUGGAGGUUGAUGAAAAGGCAGAUGAUGACCAAUCGCCUGUAUCAAAAGCAGAGGGAUCUGACGAAAAAUCUAUUGAUGACUCCAACCCCGAAGAGGCUACUACAGAAAAGAAUAAGGAAAGUUUGGAAAUGGAAGGGGAAAAGGAGUGCGUCAAGGAGGGAGAAGAAUCCGUUAAGAAAGAGAAUGACGAGAAAACAGAAGCUGAUAUGGAAAAUAAGCCAGAGCCCGUCUUUAUCGAUGUGGAGGAGUACUUUGUGAAAUAUCGCAAUUUCAGUUAUCUACAUUGCGAGUGGCGAACGGAAGAGGAACUAUUAAAGGGUGAUCGUCGCGUAGCUGCUAAGAUUCGUCGCUUUCAGCAAAAGCAGUCUCAGCAGUUGAAUAUAUUUGAGAAUAUCGAAGACGAGCCCUUCAACCAGGACUUUACUGAAGUGGAUAGAGUGUUAGACAUGUCUGUGCAUACAGAUGAAACCAGUGGAGAGACUACAAAGCACUACCUGGUAAAGUGGAAGUCACUUCCCUAUGAGGAUUGCACUUGGGAGCUAGAAGAAGAUGUAGAUAACGACAAAAUCGAGCAGUACCUGCGCUUUAACAAAAUCCCUCAAAGGAGCGAGUGGAAGUCUAAAAAACGACCGCAUCCAGAAUUGUGGAAAAAACUGGAAAAGACGCCCGUCUAUAAGGGAGGAAAUAGCCUUAGACCCUAUCAACUUGAGGGUCUUAAUUGGUUGAAGUUUUCAUGGUACAACACCCACAACUGCAUCCUCGCUGACGAAAUGGGUCUUGGAAAAACUAUUCAAAGUUUGACAUUUGUGCACUCUGUAUAUGAGUACGGGAUUAGAGGACCUUUCUUAGUUAUAGCUCCCCUAUCUACAAUUCCAAACUGGCAGCGAGAGUUCGAGGGCUGGACGGAUAUGAACGUAGUUGUUUAUCACGGCUCGGUGACAAGUAAACAAAUGAUACAGGACUAUGAAUAUUACUAUAAGACAGAAAGUGGAAAGGUAUUGAAAGAACCAAUCAAGUUUAACGUUUUGAUCACCACUUUUGAAAUGAUCGUGACAGACUACAUGGACUUAAAAGCCUUUAACUGGCGCCUUUGUGUGAUUGAUGAAGCACAUCGUCUUAAGAAUAGGAAUUGCAAACUCCUUGAGGGUCUGCGGCAGUUAAAUUUGGAGCACAGAGUAUUGCUCUCCGGAACUCCCCUACAAAACAACAUCAGCGAGCUGUUCUCUCUGUUAAACUUUCUGGAACCCUCGCAGUUCUCCUCACAGGAAGAGUUCAUGUCUGAGUUUGGAAGUCUUCGCACUGAAGAAGAGGUAAAUAAGCUGCAAGCUCUACUAAAACCAAUGAUGUUACGUCGUCUGAAAGACGACGUAGAGAAAAGUUUGGCGCCCAAGGAAGAAACAAUUAUCGAAGUGGAGCUAACUAACAUACAAAAGAAAUACUAUCGAGGUAUACUGGAACAAAACUUUAGUUUCUUGAAAAAGGGGACCACAUCUGCUAAUAUCCCAAACCUUAUGAACACUAUGAUGGAGUUGAGAAAGUGCUGCAUACACCCUUAUCUCUUGAAUGGAGCGGAGGAACAAAUCCAAUAUGAUUUCAAGUCCCAGCAUGGCGAAGAUCCUGAGUCCUAUUAUAAAAAUCUGAUUCUCUCCGCUGGUAAAAUGGUUUUAAUUGAUAAAUUGCUACCCAAACUUAAAGCAAACGGCCAUCGCGUUCUAAUAUUCAGUCAGAUGGUACGUUGCUUGGAUAUCCUUGAAGAUUAUCUGGUGUAUAGAAAGUACCCCUUUGAGAGAAUCGAUGGGCGCAUUCGCGGUAAUCUCCGCCAGGAGGCCAUCGAUCGGUACUCCAAGCCAGGUUCCGAUCGCUUUGUAUUUCUCCUCUGCACCAAAGCUGGUGGGUUAGGCAUUAAUUUAACAGCUGCUGAUACUGUUAUUAUUUACGAUUCGGAUUGGAAUCCACAAAAUGAUUUGCAGGCUCAGGCCCGAUGCCAUCGUAUUGGCCAGAGAAAGAUGGUAAAAAUUUAUCGAUUGCUUUGCAGGAAUACCUAUGAGCGCGAAAUGUUCGACAAAGCUUCCAUGAAACUAGGAUUGGACAAGGCUGUAUUGCAGUCGAUGAACACCCAAGGGUCUAAAGAUGGCAAUAACAAGCAGCUGUCCAAAAAGGAAAUUGAAGAUCUUUUAAAAAAGGGUGCUUACGGGGCCGUCAUGGAUGACGACAAUGCUGGUGACAAGUUUUGCGAAGAGGACAUCGAUUCAAUCCUUAAGCGACGCACUCAAGUCAUUACAAUGGAAUCGGAGAAGGGAUCCACCUUCUCAAAGGCUUCAUUUGCUGCAUCCGGUAACCGGUCGGAUAUUACUAUAGAUGAUCCUGAUUUUUGGACAAAGUGGGCAAAAAAGGUUGACAUUGAUCCCGAUGCUUGCGAAAGGGAUGAAACGGAGGACUUGGUUUUGUCCGAACCCAGAAGACGCACCCAAAUCAAACGCUACGGCCACGAGGAUGUAAUGGAGCUCAAUUCCGAGGAAUCUUCGAAUGAGAAUAGCGACGAGGAGGGAGGAAUAGGACUCCGUUCCCGUCGCCGCAAGGAGAAGCGAGAUCGUGCUCGUGAAAAGAAGGGCAACGAUGAAUACAUUCCUCGAGAACGGGAUGCUUUGGCUGCAUUGGGCUUGGAGGAAAUUCAAUACGGAAACUGGGCCAAGUCUGAGUGCUUUAAAGUGGAGAAGGGACUGCUUUCCUUUGGUUGGGGCCGGUGGUCGGAACUUUUGGAGUUAGGACAAUUCAAACGAGGUUGGCGUGAUGUAGACGUCGAGGAUUGUGCUCGCAUCAUACUUCUUUACUGCCUGCAGGUCUACAAGGGUGAUGAGAAAAUCAAGACGUUCAUCUGGGACUUGAUAACACCUACAGAGGACGGGGAAGUGCAGAAGAUUAGCAGGGAUCAUAGUGGCCUACACAACUUGGUGCCACGAGGUAGGAAUGCCAAAGGUCGCAACGGAGGAAAAUCAAACAAAGAAUCCACAGGAGUGUCUACUCCUGCUCCGGGCUCUGCAUCCGGAAGCAAUAGUGGAAACACAACUCCGGCUCACAAAUCUAGUGCGCUGGAUGGGUCAGAUAAGGACAGCGGCGGCAUAAAUGCCAGCGCCGUGGCCGCGGCGGUCACAAGCAUUCACGAUCCAAAUCACUGGAGCAAGAAGGAGAAAUACGACGCUGAUGCGUACUUGGAAGGCGCCUACAAGAAGCAUUUAGGCAGACACGCCAAUAAGGUUUUGCUGCGCGUGAGGAUGCUUUAUUAUAUUCAACAUGAGGUCAUUGGCGACUUUGUUCAGCAGAUAAAGGACAACACGCCUAUCAGCAGUACGAGGGCCAAGCAGCAGUUGGCACUGAAUCUGAAUUUGGAAAGCGAACUCCCCAUUCGCCCGCCGCCAACGCCAGAUCAAGUGCCAUCUUCAUGGUGGAAUCCCAUUUGUUGUGAUAAGAGCCUGUUGGUGGGAACCUACAAGCAUGGCUGUGAAAUGUAUCGUCAAAUGCGCGCCGAUCCCAAUCUGUGCUUUGUCACCCAUGUGGGCGCCGGUGCGGCCGGUGACGAUCUGGCUGUCACGAGUUUGCCGAUAAACGAAGACGAUGCAAAUUCGAAGCACGAUGAUGGCGACGAGGUGGACGAUGACGGCACUACAACGACCAAAGACUCUGACUCUACCAAACUCACCGGGGGCGAUAACAAGGACUCGCUUCUCGACCCGGAGCGUCCUAGUUCGUCUGGUAAGAGCAGCAGUGAAAAUGGUAGCGGCGGAAACGACAAAACGGAAAGCGAAAAUGAUGCCACAACCGUUUCCGAAUCCUCAUCCAAAUCCGAAGUCUUGCCGGGCAAAGGCAGCGAUCUCGAUGUGUCGGUCGCCCAGCAGGACGCAUUAUCAGCAACUCUUGAAUCGGCAAAUACAUCAGAUCCAAAAAUGAAUAAAAAUGACGCACAAGUCUCAGCCUCUGUUUCCUGCGAUCCGGCCGACUCUAGUUCAUCCGAGGCGGCAGGAAAAGCUCAGGGGACGGGGGUCCAGACUGGCGAUGCCGGAGAAUUGGACAUCGAAUCGGAGAAAAAAGAAAACGAAAAGGAAACCAAGGAGUCAACUGCUGAUGCUCCUGCUGUGGAAGCCAAAAAGGAUAGCGCUGCCAUUGCCCGAGCUGAAGGCGAUAAAACGGAAUCAUGCACUAACAAUGCUACCACAAACAUCUCCACCACCACUACUACUACUACCAUUACCAAUACCACCACCACCACCACCAAUAAUCCAUCAUCCAAAGCGGCUAACUCUAACAACACCACCGACCAUGCUAACUCAAACUCACAUUUAGGCUUGGACGAGGAGGAGAGCGUCGCCGGCAGCUAUCCGCCAACCGUGGCAGCCGUCGAGGACGCCACUACUAUGUGGCCAUCUAUGCAGGACCUCAACACGCGUCUCCGGCGGGUGAUCACUGCCUAUCAAAGGAAUUACAAGAAAGAGGAAUUAAAACUGCAGCAGAAGGCAAAGCUCCAGGCAUUGGUUUCAUCGACACCGCCGCUGUCGGUACCCACCACUCCCACCCUUCAGUCUAUGCAAAUGCAGCUGCAGAGCGGCUCCGGCAGUGGUGGGUCCGGAAUAGGAUCCUCUGCUCAGCACGAUGCCAGUGGCCGGAGUCUUCAGGCGUUGAUGCAAUCGCAGGGGGCCAGCACAUCCGCAGCAGCGGCCGCCGCCGCAUCAGGUGCUGGAGGAUCCUGUAGUGGAUCCGGCCAGGUGGGCAUGGGCGGAGCGGGAGUCAUGCCAGCUAUGCCAACCGCCGCCGACAUAAGCCUAAUGCUCAGCAUACUCAACACCACAGAUGUCAACCAGCUGGCCAACUUGGACAUCAAUAAAUUGGCCAUGUACCUGGUCAGCAUGAACAAUAAAAUGGAGCGACAGGGAAAGAUGGAACUGGCGGCGAAGGAGCGCGAGUCCCAACGUCUGCAGCUCAUUCCAAAAAAAUGGAACCGCCGGGAAGAAUACGAAUUUCUUAGAGUUCUCACUGGGUAUGGUGUGGACCUACACCUCUCAACAUCUAUGGGUUCCACUAAUGGAAGUUCCCUUUCGCCCGACUGGACCAAGUUCAAACAGAUGGCUCAUCUAGAGAGAAAAAGCGAUGAAACACUGACAGACUAUUAUAAGGUAUUUGUGGCCAUGUGUAAACGACAGGCGGGUUUAAAGCUCACUGAAUCGGAGCGCGGCUUAGAAGGCAUCAUCGAAGAAAUCGAAAAGGAACACGCCAAGCUCAUACUGGAUCGCCUGGAAGUUCUUGCCAAAUUGCGAGAAGUCGCUCGGAAUCCCAUGCUUGAGGAACGCUUAAAACUCUGCACCAAGAAUGCGGAUACUCCGGAUUGGUGGGAGCCUGGUCGACACGACAAGGAAUUGAUUACCGCCGUCCUCAAGCAUGGACUUUAUCGCUCCGAAACCUUUAUCUUUAAUGAUCCAAACUUUAGUUUUGGAGAGUCAGAGAAGCGUUUUAUUCGAGAACUAGAAGCUCAGAUUCAACGUACUAUCAAACUGGAGGCUUUUAAUGCUGAAAAGGCGGAGAAGUUAGCGGCAGCUGAAAAAGCUGCUGCAACUGAAAAAGCUGCGGCGACUGAAAAGGCGGCAGCAGAAAAGGCAGCUUCCGUUAAGAAUGAGGUCAUAGACCUUGAUGAUGAGCUCAUGACUAAUGAGAGUGUCAUCAAGAAAGAAUCGACGGUUACUCCCAUAAAAGAAGAAAUUAAAUCUGAAGAGAGUCCUGAAAAGCAGGAUACUGCUGAUAUUCUCGAAGAUAAAAAUUCAGAUGCUGAAGAGAGUACAAAGAUAAAGGAUAAAGCUGAUUUUAAUUCAGAAAUAACGGACAAGGAAGCACUAGACGAAUCCACAAAUUUAAAUAAGGAUAAAUCAAGCACUGAAACAUUUGUACCAGAAAUUGAAGAUAUCAAACCUAGCGAAGAAAAGAUGGAAGUUGAGGAAGUGCCCGUUGCCGAAAAUGGUGAGGAGAAGGAAGGUGCGCCUGAGAAAUGCAGUGAUGCUGAGGAUAAGAAACUUUCCGAAGAAAAACCAAGUUCCCCUGUAGUUCCUGAUGGUAAAGUGUCAGAAAUGGAGGCAGAUGAAGUUGUCUCUAAUACAGAAGAAAACUGUUCUGGGGAAUCGGAAUCGCCCGAAAAGGAAUGUGAAGACAAGGUUGUUGAAAAGGUUGAAGAAGAGAAGGGUGAAAACUCAAAUAAAAAGGCUGAGGAACAAAAAGAAGAAACGGAAAAACUGGAAAAAUCGAGCAUAGAAUCAGAGCCCUCUGAAAAAUCUGAAACUGCCCUCGAACCCGAAGUAGCUGUGCCCAAAAAACUCACUGGCGACCAAGACAUACUCGACCUAGUGGCUGGUCCUUCAGAUCCCGAUGAUGACGAGGUGAUGAAGGAAAAAGAGAAAGCAGUAGAAGAAGAAUGCAAGAAGCAGGCAGCAGAACUUAAAGCCCGCUUUCCGGAUUUGGAAGUAAUUCAACCGGCAACUGUUAAGCAGCAAAAGUUGGAGAAGCCAAAGCUUGAAAUGUGCAUGAUCCGUUGGUUUAAGGAUUUUGCGUUAGAACGCCGUAUUGCGCACAUUGUCGCUUGCGUCGAAUCAGGAAAUUGGCCUGUGGAUAGCAAAUACAGUGCCUUUGCAACCUGCAAGGGGGCCACUGAUCUAAGCAUUGCCCUUCACGAAUCCAUUCCUCACUUGAGCAGUUUGGAACGUCGCUCCACAACACCUGAUGUCAUUACCAUAACGACCGACCAAGGUGUCACAAAGCACUUGCAGACCUCCCACAUGCAGCAAGUUGCCAGCUCGGCGUCCGCUGCAUCCACUUCCUCGGGAGUUCCCCAGGUCACCCAAUCAAAGCCCUCUUCUUCCAACAGUUUGCCUGGCUUGGAUGCCAAAAGCAUUAAUGCUGCUGUGGCAGCGGCCGUUGCGGCAGCUGCGGCAGGUGGAAAUGCCACCUCCCUAUCGUCUCUGCUUCCCGGAAUGUCUCUGAGUGCAGCAACUGGCUCUUCGGCCGGUGGAGUGAGCGGAUUGAGCGUUCCAAGUGCCGGGUCUGGAGUGGGAAAGAAGCGCAAACGACACAUCGCCAUUGACGUGGAGACGGAAAGGGCUAAGCUGCACGCUCUGCUUAACAGUUCUACAAUGGCGCCGAAAGACUGGGAGAGUGAGAUUGCAAACAUGGAGGCCUUAAGUGGCUCCUCUGGUCGUGGUCGAGGUGGUAAUUCUUCUGCUUUGAGUGGCAUGCAGCCGCCCCCAGCUCAUCAACAUGCUUCGCUCUCGCGACAAUCAUCCGGACAGUUCAGCAAGCCAGCUGUCCCCGCCCUGAAGACUCCUCCUCCGUCAAUGGGUGCACCAAUGGACCUUUCAUCAAGCCUGCCUAAAAUGAAUAUGACUGAGAUGCUUAAGUCGGCUUCCAGUUCGGGAGCCAUCGAUUUGAGUGAGGUUCAGGACUUUUCUAUGCCAUCUAAGAAAUCCAGUGUACAUGCUGCUUUAAGUUCCGCUUUUCCCUCGAUGGGAAGCAAGAGCAAAUUAGACGACACGCUUAAUAAAUUGAUGAAGAAAAACAAUUGCACCAUUGAAGAGCCUGUUAUUGGUAAGGAGAAAAAGCGGAAGAAGUUGGACGAGAUUGUGCUCGGCCUAUCGGCGGCUAAAGAACAAAAGACCUUCCCUGACCCAUCGCUACCAUCAUCAAAGAAACCGCAGAUCCCGCCAAGCGUAUCGGUGACUCCAGCAAACCUUCAAUCCUCGUCCAACCAGCAGACAAAUCAGAAACCCUUUACUAUCACUGUUACCACAGUGCCUGGAAAAUCAAAGAGCGGCUCGUCCAACAGCGGAUCCGGCACAGGAGGAAGCUCGUCGGCCAGCGGCGGAGGAGCCGGCGGCAGCGUCUUGAGCGCCCUGCAGAAUAUGUCAAUGGGAGGUCUGUCAUCCAAAGACAGUCUCAAUGCCCUCUUGGCACAGACAAUGGCCACCGACCCUCAGACGUUCCUCAAACAACAGCAAAAGAUGAUGCAGUUCCUUCCGCCCGCUCAACGGAAGGCUUAUGAAAACAUGCUAGCCGAGAUGGAACAAGCCAUGAAGAUCAGUUCAAAGUUUUCAACAAACUCACCCCACGACGUCAAGGUCAACAAGUGGCUUUCAGACAUGACAAGUCCACUGGGUGACCAGCUCAGCAUUGAUUACGUGGGAGGAGGCGGGGCAAGUGGUUCGGGAAGUGGCAAUAGUCGGCGCUCAAACCGCCAGCAGGGAAACUCACAACAAUCCUCAAGUGCAGCCCAACUGCAAAAGCAACAGCAACAACAGCAGCAGCAGCAACAACAGCAACAUUCGAUGCCCGGGCCUCAGAAUUUGACCGGAGAGGAGCCCGUACCAGUGAUCAAUAAACAGACAGGCAAACGCUUGGGAGGCAACAAAGCGCCGCAGCUAAAGAGACUUAUGCAAUGGCUUACGGAGAACCCCAAUUACGAAGUGGAUCCAAAGUGGCUGGAGCAGAUGCAAAAUCCCAUGUCAGCACCGUCCCCAAAGCCCCCAUCAAUGGAGAGCAGCUACGGCUCCUCGGCAGUGAAAUCACAUGGGGGUCGUCCGUCAUCUAAUUCGAGUAACACCUCAUCAUCGUCCCACACCCAACAGCACCAGCAAUCAUCUGCAGCUCAAUCGCAAGCGGGAGGGAACUCAGGCAGCUCCAAGAAAAAUUCACGCCAACAAACUGCGCAAUCAGCUGCACUGGAUCAAGCUGCUUUACAAUUUGGCUCCUUAGCCGGUCUCAAUCCCAGCCUGUUAGCUAAUCUUCCUGGACUGGGCGCAUUUGAUCCCAAGAAUCCUCUUGCUGCAUUUGAUCCAAAAAAUCCCUUGCUAUCCAUGUCCUUUGGAGGAAUGCCCGGAAUGGGUAAUAUUCCUGGACUAGGUAACCUGAACAACAUGAACCUAUUUGCCAGUUUGGCAGGAAUGGGAGGAUUGGGUAAUCUUGCAGGGAUGGACACUCAGUCGCUGGCUGCGCUUAUGGCUGCUGCCGGACCAACUCUUGGCGGAUUAAGUGGUGCAUCCGGAGGAGCGGGAUCCGGCAAGAGCCAGGCGCAGUCGCAAUCAUCCGCCACUUCGUCAUCGUCUUCGGCUAGUAAAAAGAAGCAGCAGCAACAGCAACAACAGGCGCAAAAUGAAGCUGCUCAAUUGGCAGCUGCUAUCAGCGCAAGCACUGCGGGAUCUGGCGCAUCAGGGGGAAAGAACGCAGCUGCUUCUGCAUCACAAUUGGCGGCCGGAUUUCCAUUCCUAUUUCCGAAUCCAUCAUUGCUGUAUCCGCCCAUGGGACUAGGUGGCCUGAAUCCGUAUUCCCUUGGAUCUAGUGGACUUGGUUCCGCAUACGAUCAGUUGGCUCAGCAGUAUAACCUGCUAAAUGGAGCCACUUCCUCGGCCUCAAAUACGAGCUCCACGCAGUCUAAGUCGCAUCAGUCGCAAUCAAAAUCCAGUCAGUCCAGGAAUACCACAGCAUCUGCCAACUCAGCAGCGAGUCUGAUGAAUGCUAUGGCCAGCAUGGGCGGUGGAGCUAGCACAGUAACCACGCCUUCAACUUCAGCAUCAGGAUCAGGACGUGGCAGGCAAUCAAGCAGCAGAAAUCAGUCCCAAACCACACCCACAGCAGCAGACAUGGCUCAACUCAGUAGUCUACUUAUGCCAGGAGCGGAUCCGCAUCUUCUCGAAUCCUUGAGCCGUAUGAGCAACAUGGAUUUGGCGCAGGCAACGCGUCUGAUGAGCUCUCUGGGAAUGCCGCCUCUUUCAGGAACCCCGAGCUCUUCUGGUGGAGGUAACACAUCUACAAGCAAGAGAAGCAGCCAAGCCGCAAAUGAAGCCAACGCUCAGGCCAAGGAACAGCAAAAAUGGUUUGAAAGUUUAGCCCGAGGAGCUCUGCCAACUGAUUUAGCCGCGCUUCAAGCUUUCUCACAAGGCAAAAUGCCAUCAACAUCCGGAUCAAAUACGGGAACAUCCACUUCCUCUAGUAAGAGCUCGAAAGCAGCCGCUGCAGCAGCGGCAGCUCAAUUACCACAAAUUCCUGGCAUGUCCAGCGAUUUCCCCCAGGCAUUUUUAGCUGAAAUGGCUGCACAGGCAAUGGCGGCUGCUGGCGGAUCCCUUCCUCUUAGUGGUCCAGGCUCAUUAGCUAGUUUGGCUGGCUUAACUGGUGGCUCGGCUGGAGGUGGUGGUGGUUCUUCUGCCUCCGGAAGCACUAGCCACUCGUCUUCGAAACGACAGCGUGAGCAGGAUGCCUUUAAGCAACAGAUGGACUAUUAUACCAAGACCUUAGGUCUGGGUUCAGGAAUCUCGCUGAUACCCACUUCCUCGGCGGGAGGAUCAUCUGCAUCCUCUAGUACAGCAAACGCUGCAGCAGCGGCGUAUGCUGCGGCUUUGGACGCAGAGCAACAGCAUCAACAACAGCAGAAGGCGCUUUCCAAACGAUCACGUGGGGAUAUACACCCCACAAAGGAGGAACUGGCCGCUGCUGCCCUUGCGGCAGGCUUACCCCUUAAUCUUGGUGCCAGCAUGAGUAGCAUAGAAAAGAGUCUAAGAGGCGGAAGCAGCUCCAGUAGCAACUCUACACCAGCGCCCAUGUCUGCGGAACAGGAUAAAGUUACAUUGACUCCCCUUAAUGCCUCUGGAGGCGGAUCAGGCUCCUCUUCCAGUUCAGCAGCUGCUGCGGGACUGGCAGCUAAUCUGCCCAGUCAAACUACAAUAACCAUAGCUCCUCCCAUUAGCAGUGGAGCCAGCACUAGCAGCGAGCGUUCCGAACGCUCCGAGUCGCGCAUUUCGCUAACCAUAACAAAUGCAGCAGAUGCCGCGAAGCUACCGCCGCCCUACGAAGAAGCCGAUGAGCUAAUUAUACAGCCCAUACUCAAAAAACCUACCGCUGCCAAUCCAGGCAGUAGUCAUAGCGGAAGCGUGGACGAUCUGGAUACAGCUGAAAAUACUUCAGCUGCUAAUCUAAGUGGCUCAUCCUCCAGUUCUGCGGCAGCUGCGGCUGCAGCUGCAGCGGCGGCUGAAGAGAAUCGACGUUCCUCCAACCGCUUGAAGCGUCCGAGGUCUGGUAACGAACAAGGAUCUGGUUCCGUGGAAGGACAACCGCCUGAGAAGCGACGGGAGUUGCGAUCCACUCGUCAUACACGCUCUUCGGCAGAUGCCAGUACGCUUAAUCUUUCAACUGGAAGCGAAUCGGGAGCGGAGGAACGGAACGAAUGAGUAUUGCGCAGAUCCGAGCGCCAGCGCUAGCAGAAUGACACGGCCCAUCCUAAGGGCCGGAGAAAAUCGCGUAGAGAAGAAGCCAACACGGCCAAUACAUACAAGUCACCGGAGCAGAAAAUCAACGACAGAAAGAUGAUGAGAAACCAGCUGCAGAUGCGGAUGCAAACGAGAUCGAGGCGAAAUUUAAAUGCUAGGUUAACUGUUACCACUAGAUCCCUUAAGCUUAAAGUUGUGUAAAGUAUAAGAACCAUAUAUAAUCUAUAUAUAGAGAUUAGGAGCCAAUUUGGAGAAAACGGAUUUGGGUUUGUCUCAACGCCAUACAGUUCGACACUGCUGCAACUCCGUCUGAACUGGAGGGCAGAGCGCCUUACCCAUGGCUUACUCAAGUUUCAUCUGCUGCUUAUAUGGUGCUUGAUAAGUCAAUAGUGUCCCUUACUCUGGCUGCUUAAUUAUUCAUAAAAUUACGAUCAUAAUUAAAAAGCGCUUAUAAUUUAAUUGUAACAAGAGAAACAAAGUGCUGUUGCACGACGAGGAUUUUCCGUUUAAAUUAUUGCUAACACAUAUAAUUGAUAAGCGACAGAAAAAUGUUUAAACAAAACACUAUCCAUACAUAAAAUGUAGAGACACAUAUACUUGGGUUUCUGGCGCUGUCCUGGCACAUGCAGUCUCUAUACAUAUAUGAUACCUGUACAUAAUUCAUAAUCUUAAAAUGACUCGCAUGUCUUAACUGUUUUUAAUAUAGUAAGGCACCAUGUAUUCGCCUCAUACUAAACCAUUUUCCACACUUCCACCCCCAAUAUGUUGUAUACUGAACUCUCUAUUCUCUAUGUGUGUCCCCGAAAGCGACGUGUAAUUUUUAUCAUUUUAAUUUUGUAAUUAGUAAAUGUGAAAGGAAUGUAAUGCUAUUGGCGCAAAUCAAUCUUUCAAGCGUAUAUUUUAAACUCUUGUAUUUGUAAUUCGUAUGUUUUAUUAUACACUUGUGUGUCCCAAGAACCACAGACACCAACAUGCAAGUCCUGGCGCGUAACUAACAGGUGGGAAGUGUUUAUUGAAAAAUAGAAUUUUUUAAUUAAAUCAAUUUUGUUGUAAUUGAGAAGCCCGAGAAUAUGAAUCUUGCACGCUUGAUGAGCAGCAAUGCAAUAUUUAGAUCAUUUUGUAUAAUUAUUCAGCUGAGUAAAUGAAUUAUGGACAAAUUUGAUCCGCACUUUACGAGAACAAUUUAUUUUGAUACAUUAACAAGGCACACAAAAAAAGAAAGCAAAACAAACAACCAACAUAUAUUGCAUAUUUAAUUUGUAAGUAUUACUCGUAAUAAAAAUUAUUAUAUAACUGCAGAACAACAAACAAAAGCAACAUCAACCAGAAGAAGCAACAACAGCAAGUAACACCCAAGCAUCAACUAUUGAUAUUGAUGAUAAAUAAAUAUAUAAAAAAUAAAUUUUAAAAAUUA